UAAAUUAGACACAUAGUGACAAAGGCAGAGAGCUCAGUUUCAGUUUAUCGGUGUAUGCAUUGGGAAUAAUAUGGACUACUGAAGUCUCUCUGAGCAGAGACUCAAUGACAACAGAGCCACCAGUAUAUUCCUAGUGUGGUCAACUAAAAGUUAAUAGUACUUUUCAACGUUUGUGUUUUAGACACCACUCAUCACCAUGGCUGUGAGCAGCUCUUCGUCCAGUCGGUCCUCCUCUUCGUCGUAUCGCUCCUCAGCACGCUACAGCAGCUCCUACCGGUCAGAAGGGUCUGGUGGUGGGGUGACUGACCCCCUGUUUGAGCCCUUCCUCGAGACGGAAGUGGUGGGACCCCACAGCCUGUUUGGAGAGGAUGGGGACGUAGCCCCUCUGUGUCUGCCCCCCUUCAGCCGACACCACAAAGACGGCGUCCCAGGCUUAACAGGUGGUACCGUGACAGGCCGUCCUGCCAGUAUGGGUGUGGUCAAAUCAUUGGGGGAUAGUUACUCCAUGUCAGCUGAUGUCAGUCAUUUUGAAGCUCAUGAUGUGGUGGUGAUGGCCUACAACCACCACAUAGUAAUCCACGCUGAGAAGGUCUUGGAGAAUGGUAGUGUCAGUGAUACAUUUACCCAUAAGACCCUGCUACCAGAGGACAUGGACCCCCUGUCGGUCAGUGCCACGCUGACCCCCAUGGGGAUGCUUGUCGUCAGUGUCCGGAGGACCCAGGCCCUGGGAGGACUGGAGCCCUCCGCAACCCCCUCAUAGAGACACACUUCUGAAAACCAUUCAUCUUUUAGUCCUCUUUCUGUUUCACCACUAUAGUUUUGUACUUUUAAUGUAAUUGAGGGAAUUACAGAAGUGGAUAAAGUGUUGAAUUGUU